AUGGCCGCUACAGGUAAAUGCUUCAUCUGUGUGUAUACUAUUGGAAAUGCUCAAAUAUAACACCCAUACUUUGCAUCGCACAGAGUUACACUUUUAGGUAAUCUCAGGAAUCACACAGUGGUUAAAAUGCCAUAUAAAUAGUGGACCACCUGGGCCAUUACUGAAACUCUUGUUCCAUCUUAUAUUCUAGAUGUGGUUUAUACACAUUUGGUGCAUCGUUCUUGGCAUUGCCAGCACCAUUAUUGCGGUCUCACAUACAUACUGUAAUAUUAAUACUAUUAUUACUAUUAUUACUAAUGAUCUCAGCCUGUCAGCGGCCCCUUGCCUAGCCCUUCCUCAUACUUCACAAUAGCUGUGCACCAGAACCCCAACUUCAAGGUAAACUGGACAUUACUUUAUCCAUAACAACUUAAAUAAGGACCAAAUUGCGUUACAACCAGGGGAGGUGUGGUUAAGACUGUAUAACCAAAAUUAUGUAACUCCUAAAUGGUAGAUAAUUGAGCAGUGAGACUGCAUGGGGCAUGAUCUAUAGAUCAAAAUCACAAUAAGUAUAGUUGUUUCGGUACUUAGAGUGUCUGUUUCUGUUAUGAAAGUGUUCCGUUAACUAACCACACACAGAGAUAUAUAUUUCUAGUCUGAAAAACCCACUCCAGUAAUACAAACCACCCAAUAAUCGGUACAGGAGAAUUGAGAUGAGAUGGGGCACAGAGAGGACGUCAACAGUGACAUGACCCAUGUCACUAGCGACGCCAAUAACUAGCUGGCCCAUCCGGAAAUGCUGCCUGGCUAGACCCCCAGCCUUCAGACCCAUGUCACUAGCAUACAGGAAGUGCUGUUGAAGCACUUUGUGCUUGUCUCUAGUGCCUGCUGCACGGCAUGAGUGCAUCUAAUACAUGAGUACAUAAUACUGUACGUGAGUUCAGAGAGGUAGUUACGUGCAUAAGUAUUUAAACCAGUAGUUCCCAAACUUUUUAGGUUCAAGGCGCCCUUAAUAUUUCAAUAUAUUUCCAAGGCACCCCAAAAAAUGUCUAGGUUGUAUACAUGUACAGCACUGCAGCAUAUACUGGGCCCCAGUAAAAUCCAGGCACAAUAACCACUACAGCUCGCUGUGGUGGUUAUAGUGCCAUGGUGCCCUCCCAGGGUAAGUAGUCAAACUGUUUAAGAACAGUUUCACAACUUACCUGUGGUCUGCCAGGAUAGGGGCUGUAAUAGGGAAUAGGGGCAUUGGUGUGUGUGUGUGAGGGGCGCAAUGUAUGCAUGUGUGUGUGAGGAGUGCAAUGUGUGUGGGGUUAAGUGUGUGUGUUUACGGGGGUGCAUUGUGUUUGUGAAGGAUGUAGUGUGUGAGGUGUGCAUUGUGUCUGUGUGUUUGAAGGCUGCAGUGUGUGAGGGAUACAGUGUGUGCGUGAGGGGCAUAGUGUGUGUAUUGAGGGGCACAUGUGUGUGUGGGAGGGCAGAGUGUGUUUCAGGGGCACAGUGUGUGUGGGUGGGGCAGUGUGAGUAUAUAUGGGAGCAGUGUGUGUGUAUGGGGGGGUCAGUGUAUGUAUAGGGGAGAAGUAUCACUGAUCUCCACUCCGGUCCUGCAGAGCCGGCAGGGGAGAGGGAGGCACAGUUACCAUUGCUAUGAUCAUUUGGUCAUAGCACCGGGAAAAUAUUUUGUGGCAUCCCUGUGUGCCCUGGGGGGCAGUGUGUCUGAUAGGGGGCAGUGUGUGUGAGGGGUACCGUGUGUGUAAGGGGUUCAGUGUGUCUGUAUAGGGAGUUGUGUGUGAGGGUCUGGAGGCAGUGUGUGUGUAUAGGGAGCAGUGUGUGUGUAUAUGGAACAGUGUGUGUAUAGGGGGCAGUGAGUGUGUAUGGAGGCAGUGUGUGUGUGUGUGUAUGGGGGCAGUGUGUGUGUAUGGGGGCAGCAUGUGUAUAUAUGGGAGCAGUGUGUGUGUAUGGGGGGGGCAGUGUGUGUAUAGGGGAGAAGAAUCACUGAUAUCCCCUCCGGUCCUGCAGAGCCAGUGUCUGCCAUGGUAUGUGUGUGUGUCUGUCUGUCUGUGUCAUGGAGUGUGUGUCUGUCCGUCAUGGUGUGUGUGUCUGUCUGCGUCAUGGUCUGUCUGUGUGUCUGUCAUGGUGUGUGUGUGUGUGUGUGUCAUGGUGUGUGUGGGAGGGCAGAGUGUGUUUCAGGGGCACAGUGUGUAUGGAUGGGGCAGUGUGUGAGGGGCAGUGUGAGUAUAUAUGGGAGCAGUGUGUGUGUAUGGGGGGGUCAGUGUAUGUAUAAUGGAGAAGUAUCACUGAUCUCCACUCUGGUUCUGCAGAGCCGGCAGGGGAGAGGGAGGCACAGUUACCAUUGCUAUGAUCAUUUGGUCAUAGCACCGGGAAAAUAUUUUGUGGCAUCCCUGUGUGCACUGGGGGGCAGUGUGUCUGACGGGGGCAGUGUGUGUGAGGGGUACCGUGUGUGUAAGGGGUUCAGUGUGUCUGUAUAGGGAGUUGUGUGUGAGGGUCUGGAGGCAGUGUGUGUGUAUAGGGAGCAGUGUGUGUAUAUAUGGAACAGUGUGUGUAUAGGGGACAGUGUGUGUAUGGGGCAGUGAGUGUGUAUGGAGGCAGUGUGUGUGUGUAUGGGGGCAGUGUGUGUGCAUGGGGGCAGCAUGUGUAUAUAUGGGAGCAGUGUGUGUGUAUGGGGUCGGUGUGUGUAUAGGGGAGAAGAAUCACUGAUAUCCCCUCCGGUCCUGCAGAGCCAGUGUCUGCCAUGGUAUGUGUGUGUGUCUGUCUGUCUGUAUCAUGGUGUGUGUGUCUGUCCGUCAUGGUGUGUGUGUCUGUCUGCGUCAUGGUCUGUCUGUGUGUCUGUCAUGGUGUGUGUGUGUGUGUGUGUGUGUCAUGGAGUGUGUGUCUGUCAUGGUAUAUGUGUGUUUCUGUGUCUGUCAUGGUGUAUGUGUGUGUUUAAAAAUAGUGUUUUUACUCACAUUUUUUUUCCCACGACGUGCUGGUCUCUCCUCGACUGGCCCUGCCUCUAUGGCUGAGAUCAUCAAGCUUGAUGAUCUCAGCCAAUCCAAUGCUUUGCCAUAUGAUUGGCUGCAAAAAGCUAUACCAAUCAGCAUCUCCUCAUAGAGAUGCAUUGAAUCAAUGUAUCUCUAUAGGGAAUGUUCAGCGCCUCCAGAGUGUGGAGGUCCUUAAUGUAUAAACACAGGAAGUACCUCUAGUGACCGUCUGAGUGACUGUCACUAGAGGUGCCACUUUGAAGCAAUGCAAACACUGCCUUUUCUCUGAAAGGUCAGUGUUUACAUUGAAAAGCCUGCAGGGACAGGCUAUAGACACCAGUACCACUACAUUAAACUGUGUGUGUUCCUGCUAGUGUGUGAGCUUGUGUUUUUAUGUCAAUGAGAUUAUGUAUAUCAGUGAGAUUGUUUGUUUAUGAGGCUGUGUAUCAAUGAGCUUGUGUGUGUCAGGGAGAGCCUUACAUAUUACAUGCGACAAUAUAUGGCGCAAUGAUUUAUGGGGCUGGCAUACAUUUUUUUUUUUUCAGGGCUGCUUUGUAUCCCCAGUCCGGCCCUGCUGGGUUAUCUGAAUCACAUCUCUACCUAAUCCCAAUAGUGUCAUAGUGCUGCUUUUAUAAAUAAAUGUGACAUAAACAUGUGCUAAUUUAACUUAAACAUUAUUCAACAAAACAGAACAAAAUAUUACAAUUGUGAGGUGCACCUCAGUGAUGUUUUUUCUGUAAUUCAAAUGUAUUCAAAAUUUGAAUUUUUAAGGCAAAUUCUCAGAAUAAAAACUGUUAAAUUAUAAUGGACAAUAUAUAUUAGUGUACACAAAAACAAGACAUUGUCAUGUAUAUUUUAAGUAGUAUUUCUAGCUUUAACAAUCAGCCUGCCAAUGCCCACAGGCAAACAUGCCAAUGAGUUUUAUUUAUUUUUUUCAUUUUAUAACUAAAGAGAUUAAAAGAAAAAGGAAGGUAGAGUGAGAGAGAAUACACUUUAGCUUUAGGUAGUGUAAUUAUAUUAAUAAUGCAGUGGCAUCAAUGAUGUAUUGACUUCCCCCUACUCCACCUCCUCUCGCAGGCGGGAAACUUAACUCAGUGAGAGAAGACAGAACGCUCACACAGAACCUACUACAGACACAAGGUAAAGUAAUGACCUUGUUAGUUCUUUUUCUUCUUCUAUUUAUACAUUCUAGGUGUAUGUUUCUGACUCUGAUAAACAGUCUACCUGUGUAAGGCACAUUUUGCAUCAUGCAUAUCCUCUCCCCCGUCCGCACCUCUUGUUCAAAAGGUUAAUCAAUUAAUAUAUAUUUAUAUAUAGUUUGUACUUAUGAUUUUAUACUACUUAUUAAUCCCCUGGUGCCUGUAGGCUAGAGGUAUAUCUAAGCGCACAUCACCCCCUCCCUUUCCCCAGUGUACUGAAAUCAGCUGAGGCACUUAAACAGAUCAAUUCUAUUCAUAUUUAUUGUCUGUAUACGUCACCUUUCGCUAAUUGUAUUUUUUGGAAAGUAGUUUAACCAUAUUAGUCUUCUCUCCUGGCCCCCUUCCUCCUCCAUUGUUCCUUAUCUGCUCCUCACACAUUGAUUGACUCCCCCACCCCCUCCCCAUUUAUCACUGAUUUUUGCCUGACCAUCUGUUAAGAUAUGCCUCCUAGUAAUAUAAUAACUCAGUGACCAUGAAACUGUUACUUUGUGUGUUUAUGUGAGGUAAAAUUGGCCGCGCCAGUCUUUGUGCUUCCCCCUUGCCCCGUUUUCUCCCGCCUUAAUGACAACCCGGUCCUGGGCGGCACCUGUCCUUGUCCCGCGCUAACGAGACUGCCAUGGGAAGCAAUGAGUUCCGUAUAGGGCAAAUAUUCAUAGUGACUUUUUACUUCAGACAUUUCCAGUCAGGUUACAGCACUUGGGAAAUUAUUAUUAAUAAUAUAUUUAUUUUAGCAAGCUUUCUGUCCACUUCUAAUCAUGAAUACCGUAGCCCUGCUUGCCAAACCUGGACCUAAUUUUUUAAUUCAUUACAUUAUUUAUAUGGCAUACUUACCUAUUUGAAUGUGCCCCACCACUACGCAUAUGUCUAAAUUACAAUCCCUAGAUCUAUGGAUGGGUUGAGCAUCAUGAGAAUUAGCAGGGUCUACAGAUGUUUGGGAACUUCAAUUCCCAUGCACAGUAUCCCUUGAUUUUGUUGCUGGCAUCUGACUUUAUGUAUUUAUUUUAUUUAGUGUUUUAUAUUCUCUAUUCAAAUGUAAUAUUUUAUUAAUAAAACCAAGCUACUUCUAUAAGUGCUGUUUUGUCUUUUUAAGUCUGCCCAGCUCUCUGUUGCACAAUAGCACAAAAAGUUCAGACUCAACAGUUUUCAGUGUGUCAGGUCAAAAUUUGAAAGGAGAAAGGGAGCAUGUUUUUAAAUUGGAAUUAAUAUUAGUUUUGGUGUUUUGUUUUUCUAAAAACAUUUUUUAUUACUUAAAUAGCAUGCCAAGUUGACUUGACACAACUGUAUUAUAGUAUGUAUAUUUAUUUUGUAUGGUUCUAUGUACAGCGCUAUGGAAUUUGUUGGCGCUAUAUAAAUAAUAAAAUAAUAUGUAAGGAUUGACCUGGAGUACAGCAUUCCUCUGUUGAUGCCCACAACAUUUGGAGUGCCUGGAGCAUCUUUCUGUGUACCUGAGAUGGUCUAUUCAACUUACUUAAGUUCUUGAAUAACAUUUACUGGUGUGAGGGAACAAGGAACUGACAUGUCCAGAAAAGUGGGAAUUAACUGAUUUCCAUAGAUCACAAGCACAUUCUAUGUACAAAGCAGUCCUAGUCAUGUAAAUAAACCCAACAGCAUAUUGAAAAUUCUGGCUGCAGUGGCUCCUUUACAAAUGACUUUAUCAUUGAAUCAGCAGGGGUGUGGGUGGGGAGUAGGAGGGGAAAGCAUUCUUAAAAGCACAUGUCUGUAUAGAAACUUCAUUCAUUGAGGCUGCUGAACUGCUGGUGAGUCUUAUACUCAUAUAAUGUUAAAUAUGUUUUCCUAUUUUAUUGUCUUAGUAUAGCUGAUAGAUCCCAUCCUUUAUUUCUUACCCUAUGAUCUCUUUGUCCUGUUUAGAGUACAGUAUGUUGGUUUUGUACAGUAUGUUGGUUUUGUUUUGUUUUUUAUGCGUUUUAUAACACCAGCUACAUUUUGUUCACAAUCUGAAGUACUCUGCAUUCCUUCAAGGUUUUUCACUAAAGUGAGAAGUCAUAUUGAAUUUAAAUUUAAGCCCAAAAUAGCCAAAAUUGAGAAAUUCUCUAAGUCAUCUAUGCUUCCAGUUCAGCUACGUUUGCCUUAAAUUUGAAAUUCACUUUUGAAUUCUCACUGAAUAACCAAGCGUGCCAUUUACUCUAUUUAUAUCCACAUCUGCAUUUACUCUCUCCCCCUUCAUUCCCUCGUCUUCAAUUUAUUUUUUGCUUUCUCCGUCUGUUGCUGUCAUGCAUACAUUUACAUAAGUCUAUUCUCGUUUCUCUCCUAUUUUAGUUCUAUAUUUACUUCUUUUUCAAUUAAUGUAACAUUGAUUUCACGUUUCCCUUCCCUCUCGCCUUCCUGGUGCUGUGUUGAAAGAUUUCUAUCAUGAAUUCUUUCCGUUCCUGAAAUAUAGAAUUCAUCUGUACACAUGCUUGAGCUGCCAUCUUCCUUACUGUGAAACACGUGUUCAGAGAAAACAUAUAAGGCAGGCAUUCAUUAAACCAUGAAUAUGACUGAAAAUUAACGAAUGCCGCUUAAUACUCUUUUUUUUUUUUUUUUUUUCAAACAACUGAUAUUAUUUUGACUUUAUUUCUUCACAUAUAAUUUAUUUUAGAUAGUUUCCUGUACAAUUAUUUAAUAUAACGCUAGGCAGAUCUGGACAAAUCCAGGAACUAGGUUACCAUGGUUCAUAAACAUUUACACAUGCCUGUAUGUACCACGUUAUAUCGAUCUACAUAGCUUUAUAAUCGUAUCCUUGUUUCUAAAAUUAUUUGACUGUUUCCUGUGUUCUCGACAAUCAGUAUUCUAAAAUACUCUUAUUUUUAUUUCAUCUCUUAAAACCAUCCCAAAAUACGUUUUUAUUUUUAGUCCAUCUCCAAACCAAUGUACUUUAUUUCUCUCUUUGUCUUUCUCUAUCCACUGUCUUCUCUCAUACUUUCAGUGCUAUGUGAAAUUCCUUGAAAAACUGUUUUAAUAUGAGUAAAUUAAUUGGAGUGACAUACGUAACAUGCACUGACAUUGAUGCUUUGCAUGAGGGUGUCCAGCGUCUUCCAAUCCCCUAUAGGAAAGCACUGAGUCAGUGCUUUCCUAUGGUAAGGACUAAUACUCGCGCAGUGUAUACAGUGCAUGCACAUAAAGUUCCCUUUAUCGCUGACGUUUGAGGAGGCAGAGAGCAAUACAGCGCAGAGGGCAGGGAACUGGAAUAAGAUAAGUGUUAAAAGGGUUACUUAACCAUUUAUUUUCCAGGUAAGGGGGUGCCCAAGGGAGAAGGGACACUGUAGUAUUAGGAAUACAGUUUUGUAUUCCUAGCGCUAUAAUGUUCCUUUAAGUAACCUUAUACUUCAGUAUGAUUACUGUACUUCCAGAGAAGUGACAGUUCCUUGUUCUUUUACUCCAGUAAAUGCUAUUGCAGUGUUUUCAUCACGCAUGUGUACUGGAUACCUUCAUCAGCAGUGUCAUGUGUGCUGCCUGUACGGCACGGCAAGUGUUAUCUCAUCUAAUAUUUUGCCUGCCAAUAGGAAAUAAAGUAAUCUGUAAGGGAUAAAAAAAAACAACAAAAAAAAAAAACACUCAUACAACCAAUAGUUAACUUUUAGUUUUGUGACAGUUUCUCUUUAUUUGUGUCCAGUAAAAUAAGUCUUGAGUUACACACCAUAGGACUUGCAUCUAUUCCAUGUGUUUACACUACAGCACGCAGUAUAGUUCAUACACCUAGCAGCACAUUUUGAAUGGGAAAUGCUGUAAGGGAAAAGCCUUUUAGGUGACUCACUUAUUACUCAGACUAUGCAAAACUGUUAUGUUUUCACAGGGAGUAGUCAUCUGAGUCUAUUAACCCAUUUGGGGUUUUUUUGUUUAUGGUUUUUUCAAAGAACACUAUAGAGUUAGGAAUACAGGUGUGUGUACAUUUAUAAUGCUAUAGUGACCUAAUGGCUGUCUAGGUCCCGGCCCCACAUGUAAUUCAAAGUAAAAUUUCUUUAUUUUGUAGUUUAUUAAAUGUAAUGUGUGAAGACAUUUCUGUUUAGUUUGUUUAAAGGAAUAGUCAAAGCACCAGAAGCUGUUUCGAUGUAUAUCGUGUAUAGAUGCACUGGCUGGGUCACUGCUUAAUUUUUUGUCAUUUAGGAGUUAAAUUACUUUGUUUGUGCAAUUUGAGCCACACCCCCUCUUUUGUGACUCACUUCAUCCGUGAACAAAAAAAAGCUUUUAUUAUGGAUUGGUUGAUCUCCACGGAAGCAGGGCCAGCCGUGGAGUUGAGAAAAUAGUGAGUAAAAACACCUUUCUCUUGUGAUGGGCAGUCACCCAAAUAGUUAAUUUAAAGGGAUACUACUGUCACCAGAACAACUACAGCUUAUUGAAUUUGUUCUGGUGAGUAGAAUCAUUCCCUUCAGGCGUUUUGCUUUAAACACUGUAUUUUCAAAGAAACUGCAUUGUUUACAUUACAGACUAGUGAUAACUCCACUGGCCACUCCUUAGAUUGCUGCUAGUGGUGCUUCCGGGGCAGUGCGGCACAGGGAGCAGCACUGCCAUUCAGUGUCUCCACCCUCUGCGUGCAGACACUGAACUUUCCUCAUAGAGAUGCAUUGAUUCAAUUAAUCUCUAUGAGGAGAUGCUGAUUGGCCAGGGCUGUGUUUGUCUUGUGCUGGCUCUGCCCCUGAUCUGCCUCCUUGACAGUCUCAGCCAAUCCUAUGUUGAAGUAUUUUGAUUGGCUCAGACCACCACUUCUGAUGAUGUUGGCAGACACAGCCAGCAGCUUCAGACUUGAACACAAGUAAGAUUUUACUAAAUUUAGGGAGGCUAGAAGGGGGAAGGGGAAUUUUAAAAUACCAAUACUCACACACACUCGAUGACUGACACACGCAUACACAGACAAAUACACACUGAUUGAGAGACACACACACAUUCUCUCAUACACUCACAAAUUAUUUUUUAUUUUUUUUCAAAUUGCAGCCUCCCUACUUUUGAGAAGUAAAAAAAAAAAAAAAAACACUAAAAAAAGUCAUAUGAGUUCCAAAUGUUAAUUGCAUAUGUUUGGUAUCUAAAUGAUUUUUUUCAUUGUUAACACACUAUACUAACCAUAGAUAUACCCCUAUACUUAUAUUUAUACUAACUCUAACUUUAUAACUACCCUAACAAUAUCCAUGCACUAUCUGUAACUCUUACCUUACCCUACCCCUAAACCUAACACUACACAUAACCCUAAAGGAUUCCUUAUGCAAAUGUUAACACUGCAAUCUGCAGGGGGAUUACCUAACUAAAACAGUGGAGAGAGGUCUGUGAUUGCCAUCUACUGGCUAUUUACAGCAGGAGAGGGAGGUAUCUCCCUCAUUCGGCAGCUCCUGCUGGGUUCUUUUGCCAAUCACACUGUGAUCAGUGCCAGGCAGCUGGCAAACCCCAGCACUGAUGACAUUCUGCAGGUGGACAUGCAGGGAGGCCCUGUCUUUUCAGGCCCAGUGGGGCAGUGUAUAGCCUCAAAAUCACUACAGCUAAGCACAAUUGUUUAUCCUUGAAGACUUAAUGGGCUGUGCUCACUUUCAGCCCUGUGUAAAGUUCAUGGGUCAGUCGGGCCACUAAUUAUGGCCUUGCACAUUACAGAUUGUUCUGAGCUAUGAGAUUGCAGCAUGAAAUAUAGUUCUCUGUCUCAUCCUGCAGCUCCUGCAUCGGUGCUGGGCAACCUGCACAGCCCAGCACUGAUCACUGUCUGCAGGGGUCAUGGAGGUAGAACCAAUAAGAUUAUUUUCAGACCCCAUUGAGCUCCUUCUGUCUGAGCCCUUCAGGAUACCACAAUAAUCACAGCAGCAAGAUGUAUUUGUUCAGCUGCAGUAGUUUAGAGAGAUCUAAAGGGAUAUGUGCAGCACUCAGAUAUCUUUUUCAGAAACUGUGAGAGUCACAGCAGGGAGGUGUGGCUAGAGUUGCAUAAACAAAGUGAUUGAGCUUCUAAAUUGCAGAGAAUUGAGCAGUGAAACUACAAGUCCAUAAUCUAUGCACCAAAACCACUUCAUUAAGCUAAAGAUUUUUUUGUCACUUAGAGUGUCCCUUUGAUGUUAACAUUUAUUAGUUUAAAGGACCACUAUAGUGCCAGGAAAACAUACUCGUUUUCCUGGCACUAUAGUGCCCUGAGGGUGCCCCCACCCUCAGGGAUCCCCUCCCUCUGGGCUGGAUGGAGAGGAAGGGGUUAAACUUACCUCUUUCUCCAGCGCCGGGCAGGGAGCUCUCCUCCUCUUUGGCUGAAUGCGCAUGUGCGUCAGGAGCUGCGCGCACAUUCAGCCAGUCCAUAGCAAAGCAUUCACAAUUCUUUCCUAUGAGCCCUGGCGUCUUCUCACUGUGAAAAUCACAGUGAGAAACGCGGAAGCCCUCUAGCGGCUGUCAAUGAGACAGCCACUAGAGGAUGGAUUAACCCUAAAGUAAACAUACUUAUUUUAAAAAAGGGUUAACCCUAGCUGGACCAGGCACUCAGACCACUUCAUUAAGCUGAAGUGGUCUGGGUGCCUAUAGUGGUCCUUUAAUAGAUAUGUUUUUGCUCUUAGUUUUCAAACUUCCCUUUCCCCACUCCAUAAGCUCACACAUACUCACACUUCUUAGUAUGCCUGUGUAUGUUGGGUGGAUAACUACAAAUAAAGGAACAGAAUCAGCUGUUUGCGUUACAUGGUUUUGCUUGCUAAGCAAAAUAGACACUUAGGAGGAGAUUUCUCAAAAUGUUCCAAGAGUGGUCUAAACUACUAGAAAUUGGGCAAUUGGCAUGGAAUUGAAUGGGACCAGUAGGCACAUAUCAUUUUUUACUCUUCCCCUUGCAUUUUCAAAUAACUCUUGAGAACAUUUAAAAUUAUGCCCUCGUUUAUUGAGGAAAAGAGAUGAUUAGUCACCUGAGAGAGCUGCGUACAUUACUUGGGGGAGUGCAGAUACUGUUCUUUGUAACAUGGGUACGAGAACCUUUGCAUAGUUUUAUUUCUAAAUAAAGGUGUUAUUGUGCGUAUUGUGUAAAUCACACACUGACAAGAAGCCUGUAAUUGUGUUUUUUACAUCAAAUUAGUGGUGGGUUAGUUGUAAAUUAAAUGAUCUGAAUAAACUAAGGAAAAUUAAAUGAGUGUUCUUUUCAUACUUAAUUUUACACAAAAACAAUGGAUCCUUUGUGUAAAUGUGUGCCAAAAUGGACAAAUGCAUUCCACUUUGUUAUUCAAAGUUUCUUUGAGUUGUUAACACUAAUGACUGUAUUUUGGCAUUGCAGCUGCCCUGGAUACUUGUUUAUCUGUAAAUCUGUCUAUUCAUCAUACCACAAACAUAAUAAAAUACAAAAUGUUAUUUGAGGACAACUAUACCUUGAUGUAUGCUAGUCUUCUGAAUGGUUGAACAUCAAGAGGAACAUAGUCUAAAAUACAGUUGUAUAAUACCCAUACCUAUCUGUUUCUGUCUCUGUGUUGUUAAUUUAAUUUCUCUUUUUCCACAGUUAAAUUUAAUUAAUAAACCCACGUACAUUAUGUGUAUUUGGUGCUGUUGUUUUUACUGUAUGCAUAUGAAUGAAAGCAUUAGGGUGCAACGAUUGUCUUUGGUUAAAAAUAUAUGUUUUAGUGCACUUACAUUGGGCUUAUUGAGUGUGGAAAAUGGUUUAGAUGUUAUUUGAUUAAACACAUUUCUAUAAGCAUACUCAUCUAGCUUAAAUGACAUGCUUUUAAAUAUUUAAUUAAAGAUUUAGAAGCAUUGUCUUACAAUCAGUGAGUUGUCUUAUUUGUGCAGUGCUGACUAAAGUGUGAUGUGUUGGGGAGGGGGAUGUAACUAGAAACUAAAUUGAGGAGGGGGUGGACAAAAAGCUAGUAAGUGGACAGUGAGAAAAGUUUGGGAAGAGUGCAGUAGUAUGAUAGAUAGCUAGAGAGGCAGGCCAUAAGAAAGGAGAGAACAGGAAUAGUUAGAAUAUGAUAUACGAAAGGAGUGUGGCAGAUAAACAAUUCUGAAGUAGUAGAAGCAGCUGAGAUAUAAAUAAUAAAUGGGGAGGAGGAGCUGGUAUAAGCUCAGCCUAUUAAUGUCUUUGCCAGGCUUUUGGAAAUAUCCACGUGACAGCCUUUUCUCUGCUCCUGACAGUCUCCGAAGGAUUAUAGACCUGAGCCCAGAGAGCUACAGUACAAUUUCCAGGAUGUCUCGGAAAGAUGAACCUAACGACAAGUGAGUGUGCCACUGUUUUAUAGUCAUCAGUCUUUUAUCUUAUUAGUGUUUUUCUUAACCUCUCCUUCUCUGUAUUCUCUUCACUGCAUGCAGCUUACCUAGUUUUAUCUUUCCCUUUCAUAGCUGGCUCCCUGUUCCCAUCACUAGAUUUGCUAAUCCUAUUCAGUAUGUUUCUCUCCCUUUAAACAUUCCCCCACCCCUUCCCAUUCCAUUUGUUUUCUUUAACCUUUCUGCCUCCAUAGCUAAAGGCAUUCUGUCUCAGGGGGCAAGGGACUGCUUCCGGAUAAACCUGUUUUAUCAGUCACUCUAAAAUGGAAGUUUCCUUCCGUUUAAUUAAUGAUUGUCUCCUUAAUUUUACAGUUUAAUGUUUACUCUCCAAAAAGAGAGCAACCCAUAAUUCCCUUUUGUGCCCUCUGUGUUGCCGUACUAUAGAAUGCAUUGACUUGUGUCUAUAUGUAUACCAUGGAAGAGGAUGAUGACAAGACAGUUAUAAUGUUUGCAAUGUUAUUCUGGUUAAGUCCAUUGCAGCUCUUGUGUAACUGUUAUUUUUGUUUCAUAGAUACCAUAUGGUUGCGGUCAUAUUCUUCAUCUUGGGCAUGGGGACACUGCUGCCCUGGAACUUUUUCAUCACUGCAAUUCCUGUAAGUGGCUUAAUCAUAAUUAUGUACAUUAUGUGAAAAAUAAUAGGUCGCUAUAUGUGCUUUCUACAGACCCUUGAAAUGAAUAAUACAAACUGCUGUAUAUGUAUUGAUAGGAAUUGUCAUUGCAAGUUUAAAAAAGAAAAUAAGCUGUGAUUGUUAGUGCCCUUUACAGGGUGGUUUUGCCUCCCUAAUGCCACCUCCAUAUAUCCAAUUUGUGACAUCAACUAAGUUGACAUGUAAGACAGCAGUUCCUGCAAUUACAUAAUUUUUUAGCAAUUUGAUAUGGUAUUCCAUAAACAUAAGGAAAACAUAGCUGUACUCUGAUAAAACAUCGUUAUGUACUAAGCGUUCAGUUAUAUUUAAUUAAUUGUGUUUAUAUUGCUCGUAGCUUGAUCUCACUAAAGUAAAUAUGGGAAUACAAUUUUGAUGGAAAAAAUGCAAUAUAGAAAGACAGAUUAAAAAUAAUUAAAUAAAAGGUCUGUUCAUAAAGUAUGAUAUUGGAAUGUUCAUUUACAUCACCAAUGGCAGACUAACUGCAAACUAUGGGCUGACUAUUUUUGCCUACAUAUUGCAAGCUGGUUGCCAUCACCCUGAAUAGUUAAUUAAUAUAUUAUGUUUAUAGGAGUAGGAAAGAGUAAACAUUUUUGAAGGGUCAGUGCACAAGUUUUUAUCUUUCAAAAUAGCCUUUAACUCCUUCAUGACAAGGGAUUGAACAUGCCAUUAUAUCGAGUCCUGGCAUGUAAUCUUUUCUGAAUGGGCUAGUAGCAUAUAUCUAGGUUCUAAAACUAGUGAGAUUUACCUUUCUUAAUUCUCUGUAAGCAUGAACACACUUGGGUUGUUAGUACCCUAUUUUUUUGUCUUCUAAUGAACAUGUAUACAGAAAGAUCACAAGUUCUGCAUUAACACCCUAUAAUUAUGCAGUAAUCCAGAAUGCAGAACAAGUAUUUUAAUUACCUGUUUUUUUCUUUGUCGUAUUUGGUUUGUACCCACACAUUAGUUAAAUGUUGAUAUAAAUAGACACAGACAAGUACUGGAAGUCUCAAUGCUGUAAACGUUAGACCCAUUAUGAUGAGCAUACCGCAUUAGUUUACAUUCUCAGACCUGCCAUUCGUUGUCUUUAACUGCACUGUGUUUUGGAUUAAUAAUUUCUAUCAUGUAUAAGAAAUUUCUUUUGAUGAGAUGGUUGUUUCUGCCCUCUCUUUUCUCACUUACUAAUGCGUAUUGUAAAUGCUAGUAUUUUCAGUUUCGCCUGAACCCUGAGGAUCCUGCUGGGAACUAUUCAGAUUUGCAUGUCAAUGAAACUUCUGCAGAAAAUAUCCACUCUUCUGGAGAUGCUUUUAAUUUCAACAACUGGCUGACGCUUCUGGCACAGCUCCCCUUACUUCUCUGUACACUUCUCAACUCAUUCCUUUAUCAAUGGUGAGACACACUCUGGCAUAGCCUAAUCUCCUGGCCAGCAGUACAUUUCAAUCUUUAUCAUUCUGUUGUCAAAUGUGUUAUUGAAAAGGAAUGAGAGGGAUAAAGAAACGUCAGUAACUAGGUACCUGAAAGGGAAAAAAAAUGCAUAGGAUACAUUGUGAGAGGUUGAAAGUCUGUGUUUUGUGAACUCCACUACAGUUUGGUGUUUAGUGAAUUAAACCCUAAGUCUAUUAGAGUUAUUCACUUCAGUGUGCCUUGGCAGCACUUCAAAGUGAACUUCAGAUUUUCGGGUAAAAGAGCCUAACUAGAUAAAUUCUCCUAGUCAGUUACGUUUUCAGUUUGACUUUUUUUGGCCGAAAAUUUUAAAUUCCUCAGUUCGUUGAAUUCCUAACAUUUCACAUUUUGAGAGUGGUGGAGGGUAAGUGAAUGAGAAACUAAAUGAAUGAGAAGAGGCAGGAGGAUUGAGGAAAUUAUAGAAGAACAACAAAUUGAGUAUAGUUUUAAUGGAUGAAAUAAGCAAGUGAGUUAAAAUUUGGGGCAUUUAAGGAACAGUCUUAUUAUUUGCCUCUUUCAUAUACAUGAUUUAAUAAAGUCACAUUUGUAUUCAUUUCCAUUUUUGCAUAGUUGCUGCAAGGCAUUCAUGACCUUGGGGCCACAGAUGUUUGUGAACUGUAUUUCCAAUGAUGCUUAGAAGCUGUUGCAAAAUGUAGUUCAUUUGCAAAGCUAAAAUUAGCUAUCACUCUGUGCCCCAAUUUUUACCGCACAUUCAGAGCAUUUUCUUGAUGUUUUUGCUUCUGCAUCAUUUUUCCAUAGUGUUUCAGUGUUAUUUAUGAUGUCCGGAAUGAAGCAACAGGAUUAUUUACUAAAAAAUAAAUAGUUAGAAAUGAACCAAUAAACUGCAUAUUUUAGGCCAAUAAUUUUCCAAUGCAGGUGUAUUUUCAGUUUUGCUAAUUUGUCUUAAAGGUUACUAUUCUCUGAUGAAUUCCUGACAAUCCCCAGUUAAGUGAAUAUAUUUGCAGAGUUUAAAUGAUUUAGUUGUUUCUUCUUCCUUGUUUAAUAGUUGUUCAACUAGUUGAACCUUUACUUAUUGUAUACUGUUAGAUAAUCUGCAUUUGUGAGCAAGUCUCUUUUGUUCCCUCCUCCACAGUAUACCAGAGAGAGUCCGAAUUGUAGGCAGCAUGGUAUCAAUCCUUUUCCUCUUUAUUGUCACUGCUGUCCUGGUUACAAUUGAAAUGAGCGCACAGAGCUUCUUUGACAUCACAAUGGCUACUGUUUGGUUUAUCAAUGGUAACGAGUUUUCUCAUAAUUAUUUUUACAAUAUAGAUUCUCUUCUGUUACUAUGUUUCAACAUAUUCUUAGUGUGAUGAAGGCCACAAUGACUUCAGACUUGAAUAUGAGGAUGAAAAGAACCAUCUAACAACCAGCAUGAUUUUGCAUUCUAUAGUUUUUGUUUAAAAUAAUUUGCUGUAUUUUUGCAUGCUCAAUUUUAUAUAGCCUUUGCAAAACAUUUUUUUGCUUGUUUCUUUACCUCGGGACAUUAUUCUUUAAUCUACUGUAGACCUUGCCGACUAAAAUUAAAACAAUUCAGGUGACUAAAACUAAAUGGCAUUUUAGUCAAAAGACUUUGUCUAAAACUAAAUCAAAAUUAGCUGUGAAAAUUAACACUGUACUGCACAUUAUGAAUAUUGAAAAUUAUGUGCUAGACACAGCCCCUUUUCAUUUCAUAGAGCUAUAUAUGUUUUUUUUCUCUACUACAUAAAAUAACAGUAUUUUAACAUUGUAGGCUCUCAAAAUCUGCAGUAUUUGUUUCUGUCUUGUAAUACGAUUUACAUAAUAUGUGUCUUUGAUUGUACUAUAGCAAUGAACCUUAUUUUUUCCCCUUUUUACUUCCCUUUCCAGCAUUCUGUGCUAUAUUACAGGGUAGCCUGUUUGGUCUGUUGGCUCUAUUCCCGCAGAAAUACAGCAGUAUGUUGCUAAGCGGUCAGGGAAUGGCUGGAAUGUUUGCUGCUGUGGCUAUGCUACUGUCAAUGUCCAGUGAGUAUAUCAGUAUUUAAGUUCUUUUUUUCCCCAUUACUUCUCUACAUUUCACUUGAUUGCUUUAUAUCGUUUUGCUUUCUCAAACCUUAACAUGAUGCAUUUAUAUACACAUUGAGGACGGUAAACAUAUAUUUGUCUGUAUACCUUUAGUUUUCUUUAUGUGACAGAAAUCUAGAUCUGUUUUGUGAGACUGGCCAUUUACUUUAUUUGUACAUCUUACUUUUUUUAAUUAAUGUAAAUGGAUAAAACUAAAGUUGUGCCUUAGCCUAUUAGUAAAGUUGCCAAGAACAUUGCUUCAUGGCUCCCUCCCCUUUACAUGACCAUAAAUCUGUAAACGUGUGUGAAGCAGAAUGAUUUAGCUAUCUUACAGAAUUUACCCGUUUAUGGCCUGCUUGCUGAUGUUGUGUUUUCAAAAUACAUUUUGUUUGAUUUAUGCAACACCAUGAACAUGUUUUGAUAAUGGUUUCCUCAGCAAGGACAUUUGAAGUGAAAGUAUAUCCCCAUCCCUAUUUAAAAGGUCAAUGAAGGCCCCAUAGCCACUACAUGUAGAUUUAGUGGUUAUGGUACAAUUAGGAUGCAGACACUGUCGCUUGUUUCUAGAAUAUACAAUUUUCGAGUCACUGAGGAUUGUGCAGCCUAGCCCCCAUGUUGCUAAUUUAAAAGUUAAAGUUCUGCAUUAGCAAUAUCAAUUUUAUCCGUAUAUUAUACCCAUAUUCAUUGCUUGAAGCAGCUUUCUAAUGCUGAGAAAACUGAUAAUGUUAAUGCUGAAGUGGAAUUUCUGCAUUAAUUAUUUGAGCAAAAAAAUGAGUGAUUUAUUGCAGCAGCUUUGUAUAGGCAAUCUUAGAAUUGAGAGAGAGAGAACAGAUACAUUUUCUUUACAUAAAGCCGACAUAAAGUGUUAACCUGUUAUGGGAAGCAAGUCUAUGCUUCCCAAACCGGGGUAUUCAGGAGAGGUGUGUCUUACAGGAAGUGUAACACCCACUGAAAACAUGAUUCAUAUUCUGAGCAGAAAGUAACGGUGAUGGAAUAAAUUUUAAAUAUGAGCUUUUAAUAGUAUUUAGGGAAGAAACACUUAAGUAUAUAACAUGAGUCAAGCCAGAUGGUUAGAAAACUGAUAUCUGUCAUAAGAGCUUCAUUUUAAUUUAUGGGGAAGAGACCUUAUACAAUCUUAUUUUGGGGUAACCAUGGCUGCAUCAAAUAUAGGAAAUAGCCGGGGGGGGAAAUAACAGUAUGUGUGUGUAUAUAUAUAUAUAUAUAUAUAUAUAUACACACAUAUACACAGAUUUUCAGAUUGAUUUUAAUUUUGUUGUCUGAUAACUGAUUUAAUUUACCUUUUGAAAUCAAAAUCGUUCAAAAUUCAAGCAGCUGAAGUCAGUGACUUGGGUUACUGUCCACACCUUCAUCCCUGGCCAGCGAGAGGGUGGGGACUCUAUUAAAUAAAUAAAGUCUAAAGUCCCUCUCAGCCCCCACCCAUGGGUGCCAGUGGGGGCUAUUAAUAAGUAGGGGAACUUCCUUGUGUCCCCCACUCAAGCCGUGGGUGGCACCUAUUGAUUAGAUAAGAUGGUAGAGGGGACAUCCUAGUGUGCAUCAAGACCCUCACCCUUUAGGGCGAGUGGGUGCUAUUGCUUAGUAAAUGGGGUGGGGAGGGCAUCCUAGUAUCCCCCCAGUUUCCACGUAUGGGUGACAGUUGUGCGCUAUUGAUUUUAAUAAACAGAGGGGGACUUCCUAGUGUGGUGAAUGGGAGCUAAUUGAAAAUAUAGAAAGGCUUUGGUUGCAGGGAGUGAUUAAUGGGUUAUUUACCAUUGACCACCACACCCCAAAAAAAGAUUGUAGGCAAGUUCCCCCCACCCUCAAUAAAAAAAUAAUAACCUUAAUAAUAGUGAACAGUGACACUAUAAAUCGAAAACCUCUUAAACAAAAAUCAUAUUUACCUUUUUAGAUGUCUCCUUUCUUUUUAAUUUAAUUCUUCUUUUACCUAACCCCACAAAAGAGCAAAUAACAAUCUGUAAUAACUGACAUGACUAAUAAAAUUAAAAAAAACAGACACAUAUGCACCGGAUUUUAUUACCAACUUGGCAACAAUAGCUGGCUGCUCACAGUUUAAUAGAUGUGCCGCAAGCAGCCGCAUUAUUGGUGGAAGCAUAAGGAAGUUAUUAAACGUCCCAUAUACUAAUAUGGCGGUCAUAUUCGUUAGUCUUUUUUUUUUUUGUCUGUGUGUGUAUGGGUUUAAGUGUCAUAUUUUAUUAUUAUUUUUUUUAUAUAUAUAUUUAACAUUUAUCAACAACUUUCGGUUGUCAAAUCCAGUAAGACCAGUUAUUGGGCCAAUAGGGGCCCAAUAACUGGAAUUAAAGCCCCAAUAUUUUCAAUAAAAAUUAUAUGUAUUGGUUUUGAUAUUCAAACUGAUAAUUAUCAGCUUUUCGAUAAACCAUUAAUGACGUCUAUUUGAUCAUUCGGAAACGAUAAAUAAACUACCCAUAAAGAUGGUCAGCUCUAAUUAAAUCAAGUCCAUUGUGUUCUAUGUUUAAAAGUGCAGGAAAUAAAAUCUUUAAUAAUUUAUAAAUUAACCUACAAAAAAGUACUUUAAUACUGCAGUGAUUAAAUUGUAUUGAGGUUUGUUUUUUUUAAAUGAAAGCUAGCCAGCACUGGUCUAGGACAUCGUCCUGCAUCUAAUCACUUCUUUCUUUGCCUCCCAUAUGGUUUAAUACUUAAUCUUCACCCUGGUAGAAUUAAGAUGAUUUUUGCACGCCAAAUAACACCGGCAAAUUGACAGAUUUUAUUUCAGGCUAACUCUGUCUCUAUGCAGAUUUAUUUUCUAUUCCCUUUUUUCUCCCUUGUUUCAUUGUUUCUUUAUAUCUCAUUCCUCUAUUUCCAUACGUAGCUAAUUUUAACAGCUGAAUAGACAGCCCAGCCUGAUGUUUCUGUCUUUGUCAUUACCAAAUUUGUACAGUGAUAGAUGCAAUUGUUCUUGUCUUCCAUGACUAAAUAAAGCAUACAAUCAUUUUCAUGAGAUUGGGAGAUAAAUACAGUAUGCAAGAUCUCGUUUUAAUGAACUUAGAAUAAAUUUGCAUCAGAAUUGGAAUUUUGUGUAUGUGUUUGUGCAUAUGCUAACACUUGAUGUUAAGUGCUUCUCAUGGACACACUAUUGCAAUGUUGUUCACUUACCUAAGGAUCAUGAAGGGCUGAGUGGACUAGACUUGAAAUGUAAUCUGUAGCUCCUAGGUUUGAAACGGUUCUGUAGCUGUUGCAAUACCCAACUAAACUAUCUGACGGACUAUGACAUUCUAAGUUGUUCAGGAAUCUAGGAAUUGACCAGUGAAUUUCAACUUUUAGGUCAAAAUAACAGAAAUUAAAACAACUUAGAAUACAGCUAUGUUUCCAGCUCAGUUGUUUUGGCCUAAAAUUUUACAUAUCUUGGUGAAUCUCCAGUGAUGAGUUUUUGCUCUUUUUUUUUAGGACCCAAAUUGUUAGCUACUUUCAUUAUUAAAGGGACUUUUGUGAAUAAGAGAAUUCAUGUUACCUAAACCAAAACUGUUUUUUCUCACGCAUCAUUUCUUUUUCUUUUUUAAAUUUAGAAAUAGAAACUAAUUUUGCAUUACUGCAUUAGCCAACUAAAUACCUGCAACAUACAUGAACUUUAUGCAAGCAUAUUUUCUUCCCAUCCUUGAACCAACCCCCUUUUUUAUGUUCUCCAGUUAUGUCAUCCUUCUCUUUAUGCCUCUUUUUUUUGUUACUUCCCCAUCAACUUACUAGACUUUUCUUAUGCAAUUCUCUUUCUCAGAUAUUCACUUUUUGCAGCUUGCAUCACAUCCAACCUGAUUAUUACCUCUGGUCAUAGUUUCCUCUCUGAAUCUGUCUCCAAACAUUUGUAAUAUUUGUCUGGCAUCCCAUGCCUCCUCCCUCCCUCAGUCUUCACAUCUCUCUCCCUCAGGUGGGGCAGAUCAUCGAACCACAGCCCUGGGCUAUUUUAUCACUCCGUGUGUUGGGACUUUCAUUUCUAUCACAUGUUACCUGCUACUAUAUCGUUUGGUAAAUAUGAAAAUUCAGUAUCUGUGUUUCCUAUAUCAUGUUUUAUAACAUAUAUUGCAUAGUACCAAAUGCCAGAGGACUAGAAAAAAUAUAAUUGACCUCACCAGCUGGGUGGAGAGACGGUUUUAGAAAUGGAGAAUAGAAAAUUAUUUGUUAACCCAUGACCUGAAUUCUGUUUUACACAUAAAACUGAAAAGCAAAGGUAGAAAAUCUUUCAAAUAAAGCCAGCUGGAUAGUUUUAAAGUUUGCAAGAAAAGCACUUACAAAUGGGUGCAUCUAAGGAGUUGGUGGCAUUUGAGCUUCCCCAGCAAAGUUUAAUGACCCCAUUCUUCUACAUAUCUAAUUAGCCACAUUGCAUUUCAGAGUUGGUAGGUUUGCUAAGGAGCAGAUUUUUAUGAUGUAGAGCAGUGGUUCCCAACCCAGUCCUCAAGUAUCCCCUAACAGUCCAGGAUUAAGGGAUUACCCAGUUGUGUCUAAGGUGUUUUUAUGGGAAUAAAAACACUUUAGACAGAACAUGGUGAUCCCUAAUUCCUGGACUGGCAGUGGGUACUUGAGGACUGGGUUGGAAACCCCUGAUGAAGAGUAUUGAUGCUUAAAUGCAUACUCUAAAACAACUUUAGCUUAAUGACGCCACUUUAAUAUAUAGAUCAGGCCCCUGCAGUCUGACUGCUCAAUUUUCUGCCCUUUAAGAAGUAAAGCACUUUAGAUUAUGUUUACACAGUCCUAGCCACACAUCCCCUGGCUGUGACUGACACAGCUUGCAAGGAAAAAAAUGUUUUAAUUUUCAAUCAGAUCUGAUUGCAUAGGGUGUAUGCUUUAGAAGAUUGUAUUAAUCAAAGGAGGCUCCUACCGGCCACUAACAGAGCAGGAGAUAAGAAAUUCAAAAUUUAGCAGGUUGUGCAAUAAAGGAAGUUUAAACAUUAGAUGUCUCUUUACAGGAAAUGUGUAGUGAGAUUGUGUAGGCCACAUGCAGGGAAUGUGUGACUUGGACUGCAUAAACAAAGUGAAUUAAAGGGAAACUAUCAUGACAUCCGUUCCCACUCUGCAAUCUCAUUAAAGAGGUGGGUGUUGCACUUCUGCAUCACCCAACGUAGGUCUGUCCAUGCUCCUCCUAGCAGAACAAACCUUCUCCAUUACACUCCCACGCUGGCUUUGUUGUGUCAUAUCGCUCCGUUCCUGUCCUCCCUAGCCAGCGCCAGCAGCAACGGCUAGGGAGUUGCCAUAACAACCACAGCACAUGCGUAAUUAAAAAAUAUCUGUUGUAGGUUUUCCAAUUUCAAAUAAUUCAGAAUUGCAAACAACCUACAAUUCAUAAGGCGUCUCAAAGCAUUACAAUAUGUGAUAAAUGAGACAACUCAGCCCACAGACCUGCUAGGCCUUAUUUUUUUAUUGAUAGAUGUAGGUUAAUAGUAACAUUUUCAUAAUGAUGCAUUCUAAAGAUAAGUGUUGAAGCGUUACUAUUUACCGUGUAGUAUCAAUGUCUACAAUUCAAAAACUUACAGGACUUUUAUCUAUACUAUAGUUUACAGCACUAUUAAUUGGCCCUUCGAGACUUACCAAGUGGGGAGUGAGCAUCUGCUUAUGUUAAUGACCUCUCCCUUCCAGUCUCAAGGCUGUAAUCUUUUAGUAUGUGUGUGGAAAAUAUACAAUUACAGAUAACAUUCAAUGUUUUAUAGCGAACCUAGUAAAUGAUACUUGAAAGCAUGUAUACUAACAUUGUGAUUGGUAAUGUAAAUACUAGACUUCUUCAUGUAGAGCAGAUACCCCAUUGCCUUGUGUGUAUAAAUUUUAUAAUUGUCGCUAUGGAGCAAAUGAAUGCAUGUAAUCUCCUGUAUAUCUAUAAUCUGCUAGGUGAGUCAAAGGCAGUACUGACCCUCCAUGACAUCAUGCUCCUUAAUCAUUACAUACACAGGAAAUGUUAUUUAAAAACAAACAAAACUAAAUGGUGGUGCUUGCUGAUAAGAAUAUUUAGUGAAUGUAGGUAGCCAUGCAAGCAAAGCGUGAGGUUCAAUCCUGACGAACAUGCAGGUACCAAUUAGUCUAUGCAUCCUUGUUGCAACUCUACAAAUAUAAAUUUGAGAGGAAGGCUGAAGUGGUUACUAUGAAAGAGUUAGAUAACAAAGCAAAACAUGUAGCAUUAGGACAAAAGUAGAGAGAAAUGUAUGUCUUUGAAUGUCAGAGUCAAAACUGUGUAUGACAAGUCAUGCAGCUGUAGAAUGCUGUGUUUUUUUUAUAACAAAAAUGUAACCAUUUCUAUGGACAGGAUAGAAGAUACAAUAUUUCACACAAAUUUAAACAAGGAUUACUUUUAAUGGGUGUUUAUAAAACAUAACAUAAAAAACUAAGUAUCUUUUCAUUUAAAUAAUUUAAUUAGCUUCUGAGUUUUACUGUUAUGGAUUUUGGCAGUGUUAUGUUUCUGAUACUGAUAAAUAUUAUUUGUUUUAUUGUUUACAUUUGUUAGGUGUGAGAAUUGUUAAGUGGCUUAAAGAAAAAACGUUAACCGUUUUUUUAUUACUUGUGUAGUAUUUUAUACUGAAUACAUAUAUAUAACUUUUAUUGUAUCUCUCAGCUUACCAUUUCUCGAUGAAGGCAGACAUUUUUAGCCCUCUUUAGUUGGAAAUAAUAUGCAGAAUUUGAAGGUCUCAAAUAGUCCUAAAGGGCAGUAUUUGUAAGCAUACACUAUUAGCUCUUGCUCACCUGCACAAUUUGUGGUCAGAGUAACUGCUUCUAAUCAAGAGGACUUAAACAUGGCCAUUUUGUUCUAGCAAGGGUAAGCCUACCGAUGCAUUGAAAAAAAAGUUAUUUACUUAUAUGUAUUGUAACGUAAUGCUUCAGGCACGUUGCCACGGGAAUUGGAUCCAAAUACCCUGCCUUAAAGCACCAAGUCCUACAGACACUCGUUAGAGAUUUUAAAGUAACUCUGUCCCCUUCUGGGGGUAUUUGCAUAUUUUGGAAGAUGACAACAUUGCUGUUUGCCAUGUGGUGGCUCAAGGGUGCAGGAGAUGGUAGGUUUUACUUACCUGGUGCUGUCCUUUGCAGCCACUGCCAUCGUGUGGAUACUCUUAAGCACCUGGUGCUUUAUCUGCCAGGAGCCCACUUCAAUGCUGUACUCUCACACAUGUGCAAGAGUAUUACACAGACCAUAUGGAAUUACAAAAUUACGGUGAUAGCUCUGCCUUUUAUCAAGUGUAGUGCCUGCUUUAUUAUAUCUUUUGACUGCGUUGGCAUUUCAAUGAAAUAUCAACUAAGUCAAAGUGAAUAUUUUAUCAAAAAAAUAUAUACAUUAUAGGCAACCAGACUACUUUAUUUCAUUGAAGUGGUUUGGGUGCAGUGUCCCUGUACCCCUUAGCCCUGCAGUUUUAUUGAUAAAUAGUGAUUUAUACAAAAUAAACAACACAAGAAAACAUUGUUCAGCUUGAGCUCUUACUAAGCAUUCAGUAUGUAGGCCUGACUACUGUUCAGCAGCUACCCUGCUUUUUAACCAUAACAUAAUAAACAGAAGCACUAUCCCUGGAAUACCUUUCUGCAAGCACAUUAUUCAAACUCCUUUAGUCAGAUGUCUAUUUAAGAGCAGCUAGACCCAAUUGUUAGCUGCAGGUGAGAUAAUUAACCUGUUGUGGAAAUCCUGGAAUAGACUUGUACUCUGCAGCUCCUGUUACUCCAAACAUGUGGGGGUGGAUCCUCAACCAGCAGUGCAUUAAAACAAGUAAAGUUCAGAUAUUCUGGAAUAUACUUACCGUAUAUACUCGAGUAUAAGCCGACCCGAAUAUAAGCCGAGGCCCCUAAUUUUACCAACAAAAAAUGGGAAAACGUAUUGACUCGAGUAUAAGACUAGGGUGGGAAAUGCAGCAGCUACUGGUAAAUUUCUAAAUAAAAUUAGAUCCUAAAAAAAUUAUAUUAAUUGAAUAUUUAUUUACAGUGUGCAUAUGAUGAAUGCAGUGUGUGUGUGUAUGAAUGCAGUGUGUGUGUGUAUGAAUGCAGUAUGUGUGUGUGUGUGAUGCAGUGUGUGUGUGUGUGUGUGAUGCAGUGUGUGUUUGUGUUGCAGAGCCUUGGUGGGGGGGUGGGCAUUUUUAUAAAAAAAAAAAUUAAUAUUUUAAUUUUUUUUGUUAUAUUAUAUUAUUAUUUUUAUUAUUAUUUAUAUUUAUGUAUUAUUAAUGUAUUUAUUUUGUUGCCCCCUCUCCCUGCUUGAUACAUGGCAGGGAGGGGGGCUCUCCUUCCCUGGUGGUCCAUUGGCAGUUCAGUGGGGGGGAGGAGGGGGGCUGGCAGAGCUGUAACUUACCUCUCCUGCAGCUCCUGUCAGCUCUCUCCUCCUCCGCGCCGGUCCGUGCAGCUCUUCUGUCAGCUCACACUGUAAGUCUCGCGAGAGCCGCACUAUGACCCCGCGGCUCUCGCAAGACUUACACUGGGAGCUGACCGAGGUGCUGACCGGACCGGCGCGGAGGAGGAGAGAGCUGCAGGAGAGGUAAGCGCUCGCUGCCAGCCCCCAGUCUGUAUUAUGGCAAUGUAAAUUGCCAUAAUACAGACAGUGACUCGAGUAUAAGCCGAGUUGGGGUUUUUCAGCACAAAAAAUGUGCUGAAAAACUCGGCUUAUACUCGAGUAUAUACGGUAUUUUAAUACUGUGUUCUGUCACAAACAGGCAAUAAUACAGAUAACCUUUUUAUUUUAAGUAGUAAUAAAAAUUAUGACAUUUCCCCCAAAUUCAGGUACUGGAAUUUCAUGAAUUCAGGUCUACAUUCAUAAUAUAUAAGCACUUUCAAAACAAGUGUUGUUUGUUUUUUUGCUGUUGUGUGUAUGUGAAUUCAUUAAAUGUAAUAUGUAGUUAUUUUGUUUAAUUAGUCUUAGUUAUUGUUUUCUGUUUCCUUUCUCAUUUGUGCAGGAAUUUGCACAGUUUUAUCUUUCCAAAUCUAACAGUCAGGUUUCUAAGAAUUAUGAAGUAGAGACAAACACGGAACUGUUAAACAAAGGUACAGAGUAACUUUUUUUUUUCCAAUUAAAUGAAAACAGUAACCAUGCAAAAUGUUUACAUGUCUGUAUAGAAGGUUCAUUCUCCAUUGGAAAGUAAAAAUUCAGUCUUGGCAAGCUUUCCAGAGGAAGACGUAUUAGUUUACUUAUUGUCGCAUACCACAUUUUAUUUAGUGGGAAAGAAGCCAGUAGCAACAUUCAGGUUUAAGGAGGCUCCAGGACCUGAGCUGCUGACAGUGGUGAUAGGCAUAUCCACAUCAGGCUGCCUCAUCUUGUUCUGUUCAACAUAUCUUUCUCAGAGCUCAUUAGAGCGCAAAUUAUUCGUAUUCUUUGUCAUACUAAACACAAAACUCCCAUUCACUACAAAAGGUAAGCAAACAUAAAGGGCAUCUGAACAAUGUAAAGAGAGGAGUAUGUAGAAUAGUAGGAAAUGGUUGCAGGACUCAUGGGUAACAAAGAGGCGUUGAGUGAUGUGGGGAGAGUUCAGACAAAUGUGGAUGUUGAUAUUUGACUUGGGGCAGCAGUCAUGUGGUGAUGGAGAGAACCAAUGACAAAUACACCUUUCCAUUUAUAUAGUGAAAGUUCACACAAAUACACCUCUGCAUUCAGAAACACUGACACUUACUGCUGCAGGUGUAAAACACAUACACAUUUUUUGGAGGCAAGACUUGACAAGUAACUUCAUACUUAAAAUUUUGAACACUCUGAAUGGAUAAUCUGUGUUUAAAUUUAGCUUGUGUUUACUAACAGAGAUAAAUGGAGAUCCUGGAACUGAGAAGAAAGCAGUUCUCCUUCUAAAGGAUGGUGAAGCUUGUGUAGCCGUUGAAGAAAAGCAACAUGUCUCCAUCUGUGCUGUGUUAAAAAAAGUAAGAUCACUGACGUCAAUGGAUAUUGGUAUUCCAAAAACCAUGGGGAUUAAAUAUAAAAAGUUUUGCUUUGACUUUCAUGUUUGUGGCAGUUUUGUGCACAUUGUCUUGUUUAUAAAACUCUAUUUUUAUACAUUGAUACCCUUUUUCCACAUUCUUUUAGUGCCAAAAUAAUCUGUCUCUCCACUACUUCUAUUCCUCUUUCAGAUAGUUUUCUCCCUUUUUCAUGUUGAUUUUAAUGUGCACUCACAUUUUGGAGGAAUUUUGUUAUAUAUUAAAACAAAAUGGUGACAUAAUGUGAUGGAAAAGGUACAGUAAGAAACAUUUUGAUGCAAAUAGGAGGAUAAAUAGGCGCCAUUGGCAAAAGCAAGAGCAGAAAUACUCAUGUAAAGUUAAUACACCACUUUUUAAAGUAACUGUCGUAAUAAGGCUGGAGCAUCAAGGCCUUGCCGUUACCAAUAUUUGUUGCACAUUUAUUAUAUUUGAUUGUGGAAUCUUAUGUAUGACUGCAUUUUUUGGUGUAUUUCUCCAGCUUUAGGCGAGUAGCAAGUGUUCGUAGUUGUAAUCCAGAAAAUAACCCCUUUAUAAUUAUUAAAAUUGUAUAUUUUGUCUUCCCAGAUCUGGAUAAUGGCUCUGACCUUAGUGAUUGGAUUUACAGUGACUCUUUCCGUGUUUCCUGCAAUUACUGCAAAUGUCAGGAGUAACACCGAAAAUGAGUCAUGGGGUAAGUGUCUCAGAUCAUUCUUUUAGCUCCUCCAUGCUUUAUUACUGUGUGCAUCAUCUUAGUCUCAUUAAUUUGUGAUUCUAUCUCUUUUUAUUUUUUAGCAAAAUUUUUUAACCCUGUUUGCUGCUUCUUGUUAUUUAACAUUAUGGAUUGGGUUGGGCGCAGCAUUACGUCAUACACUCUGUGGGUAAGUAUCCUCCCUUGUUAGAACCCUCCAGUUAGUUCUAUCUCUUUUUUUUCUACCAAUCCCUUGUUUUUUUUUAUCCUGUAACCUUAUGUUUGGCCUUAUUUUUACUUUUAUAGCCCUGUGAAAUAUAACAUGUUAUGGUGCCCUCAGUAGUCAAAGAUUUUAGUAAUUGUGGACUGCCAGAAGUGAACCCAUAAAAAAAUAAUGGUGGCCCAAUGUGGUAUAAUGACCUGUAGGUGGCCAAGUGUAGUGGUUUGGGGAUCUCUUUUAAGAUCUGGGAGUUACCUGAAAGACACCUAAAUAUUACUUGUCCCGUGAGUUCACAAAAUGUAGUAGAUGGAGUUGCGGAAAGCAAACUGCAUUUGAAAAUAUAAUGUCCAUUUAAGACACAGCAUACAGUACCCUUGCAUUGACUCUGUUGUAAAUAGGUGUGAGGGAGACUGCCUGGGGACUUAUGGAGUCUGCACAUCCAACAAGUACUUGUACAGGCAGACUUACCUCAGUGAAUAUGUUUAGCUUUACACUAAUAAAUAUAAAAACCAUACCUUCGAGUUGCAAGAAUUAAUUCCUUAUUUAACAAGGAGUCUAGUUAUUAAGGUGUCCUGAUAUUUUCCAUGAUAGGGCUUUUACAGUUCUCAUUACCAAAAUCUAUUUUUCUCUUCUUUUGAUAGUGUCUAAAGAAGAAUAGUUAUUCUUACGUACCUACAUAUAUUUUAUAAUUGUGUAGCCCAAAUUUUCACAUUGACGUACAGCAUGGAGAUUUAUUUGCUUAGCAGAUUUUCCAUUUCCAGCUCUGCUCUGCUUCGAGUGUCUUUUCUCAGAGCGUACACAGACACGUUUUAAAAUGGUCCUCACUCUGAGGCUUAUCCUUUUUCUCUUAUUAAUGACAAGUCAGUUAAAGAAUCACACAGGCUACAGAGAAGAAAGAACAGAAUCUCUGAAUGAAUAAGAACAGUAGAUGAUUUGGAUAGCCUUUACUCAUAAACACACCUGAAUUGCUUUUUUUAGCAUUGCCCCUACCCCUGAGCAUUCAUUUUGAUUAUUUUUUUUGAAUUGUAGGUAAAGCACAAAAACUAAAUGCUGAAAUGUGUUGUGUCUAUACCUUUAUUUGCAUUUUAUUAGUAUAUGUAGUUAACAUUUUAUCAUUACAUAAGUAAUAUGUUUGCAUGGUGUUGUACUUUAAUGUUCUUACUGUGUUUCUUUCUUCAUCCACAGCCAGGUCCUGACUGUAAAUAUCUCCCUCUACUUGCGUGCUGCCGCAUAAUAUUUAUUCCCUUAUUUAUGUUGUGUAACAUCCCCAACCAUAACUACCUCACGGUCAUCUUCUCAAAUGAUGCCUGGUUCAUCAUCUUCAUGAUUCUCUUCUCCAUGAGCAGCGGCUACUGCAUAUCUCUCCCUAUGUGCCUGGCGCCCAAGUAAGUGACAGCUGUUUAUGUAGACAUGAAAUAUGGGUUCAUGAUUUUAUCUUAUUUAGAUAAGCACUGGGAUCAUUCAACUUCAGGAACACAUAAAGAAAAGUGUAAAAUUAUUGUUAUUUGCAAUAUAAACAUAACCACUUACUUGGUUUUGUUGUAGAGGAUAUCAAUGCCUUCCAGAGUUAUACGCCACAGCAAGCAAAGUAUGUUUUUAAAUCUAGUAUCUACUUAAAAUGUUGUGACUGCGGUAAUACAAAUUUUAAUAAAAUGCUUGUGUGAAAAUGCAAUGCCAUCAUUUAUACUUUCACUGCAAUGGAGAUUCUCAGACUUGUUAGAGAAGAGCCUUUGGCAGAGUAGGUUUUACGUGUAUUACUCUGCAUUACAUUGCAAGAGUAGGCAUUACUUAAAUAGUAAAUACAAGUUUGGAUACUCAAAUUGAGCUCACAUUGAAAGAGGAUGGAAGUGCAAAGUGGUGUGAGUUCAUAUAGGUAGCAUUAGCACUAAACAUCCCAGGAUACGAUCUGAUGGUAUAAAUGUUAGGUUUUUUUAUAGUCCUACUAUUAUGAAAGUUGGGGUGGGUCAAUGUAUGAUUUUCCUUAAUAUGAGAAGGGGGAUGGUUUCUUUUUCUUUCUCCUUAUUUUUGGACAUGUGUUGCCAUGGGAUGAGUAUACAUAAUAUGUAAACAUGUAGAUAGGCGCAAGUAUGUAUAGAAUGAAUAGAUGUUAAUGCAUUUUGAUCUAGUCAUAUUCUUUAUUUUUGAUGUAUAGUGUACAUGAAAAGAAUAAAUUAACAUCACAGGAUAAGCGAUAUAAAUGGUUCAGAUUGUGUGUGCAGCUUACAAUAUGUAAUUAUAGCUCACAUUAUCCUCCACAGGAAAGUGUUGCCCCAUGAAAGUGAGGUGACUGGUGCCAUCAUGACAUUCUUCCUUGCGUUGGGUCUGUCUCUUGGAGCAGGAUUAUCUUUCCUUUUGAAAGCUUUGUUAUAAGCAGAAGACUGGUUGAACAAAACCACAAUGGAUCCAACUCAUUACAUCACUGAACCAUAUUGUACCAUGGAUAAUCUUUGCAGACAUUGCCAUCUUAUAUCCAUCGAUACAUUCCACCGUAAAAUAUGUUGAUGUUUGUUAGUUAAAGCCUUGGAAUCACAGUGAUACAGAUGGCUGUCAGAUGAAACAUGCUUACAGAUAACCUAAACACAUUCAUUCACUGCAAGGCCAGCUAUGAAAAAGAGAUACAUUGGAAUGUUUAUAUUUAUCUAGUUUGGCUUCUCACAGUUCAGUGAUUUGUCUUAGCUGCUACCAGUUUUAUAUAGGAAGAACUAUGUGUUAUAAGAUUUAUUUAUUCUCCCUAAAAAAAAUCAAAAUUAUUUCUUAUUUUGUUCAAAUAUUUUGUUAAAUAAAUAGGGAAAUUAGGGCAGGAAUAUCUAAAUAAAGGUUAGAUAUUCUAUAUUGUGUCAUUGUUAAUCUGCAGUAUGGUGUCAAGAACAAAGUUACACACAACUGGAGAUUUUUUUUUUUUUAUUUGUUGGGUUUUAUUUUAUUGUAUAUACAUUUUAAAGGGAGCAGUUGCACGUAGUGAGCAAAAUAUUUAAUGUGUAUAAAUUUUUUUUUAGAAAUGUUACCUUUGCAAGGAAAACAUUGUAUUCCUAAUAAUUUUGCUAGUAUCACAGCUGAAGGGAAUCCACCGUGUAUGCUUAUGGUGUGCUGUAGAAUUUAAAAUAAUUUUUAUAUUUUAUAGAAGUUUGCAUGCUUUUAAUAUCAGAAUUUAAAUCUGAUUUAACAAAGUUUUUUUUCUGUUUACUGCAGCCGUGUCUAAAUAGUUACAGCAUCAUUUUUUAUUAAGCUUGUCCAGCCUUAGCACUCCAACAAUUGUGUGGCUUCAUUCCCCAAAUUUCUUUGUCAACCAAGAUAUGGUGGUGAAUUGUCAGAACUGUAUUCAAGUUACAUCAUGAAGGUCCGAUUGGAUAACCCUGAGUUAUAUCAUGUGACCUUGAUUUUAACAGUCCGUAUUAUAUCAUAUGGUACUUCUCCCUACUUUUUUUUACCAUUAGUAUUUCAGAAUUCCAGAAAAAUUCAAAGGAGUUGGAAAGAAAAAAAUAUAUAAAAAUGUAUGUUGUCAUUUCAAGUAUGCAAAAGACUGAAACUGAAUUUAAAACCAAGUGGAAAUUUAAUGGAUUAUUCACUAAAGUGUGAAUAAUAAUGAAUUAAAUUUGAUUCCAUAGUGACUUUAAAUUUCAGGGCAAUGUAGCCAAACUGAAAACUUAGCUGACGUUGACAAUUUUUGCAGUUCAGCUAAUGUGCCCUAAUACUGGAAAUUGACUUUGUAUUCCACAUUGAAUUCCUGACAGUUCACACUUUAGUGAGUAUAUCGGUUAUAUUUCGGUGCUUGAAACAGUGUUUACUUUUAGAUUAUUUUUAGAUUUGAAUGCUUGAAAGGAAACAGGGCUUAUAAUGAUUUUAAUAAUUUCUUUAAAAUCAUGUUUGCCUUGUAGGAUGUUAGGUGUUCUUAUCGUAGCCUUUUCUGGUAAGUAAAGUCUUGUUGAUGAGUGUGAUCUUACCAACAAGUUUUGUUAUUUAUUUUGUAAAUGAUAUAACAUCUGUUAUGUUUUUCACUGUGGAGCCAAAACUGGAAAUGUUAGGUAUUAUUUUUAUUUGGCAACUUAUUUUUAUACUAAUAAAGCUCAUUUUUUAGCAAAUAAAAAAACAUUUUGUUGUU